UUAGUACCGGCCGGUUUCCGUCCCAUUCGAGUUCUGGACGCCGUCGAGAGUAGUCAGUCGUCCGUCCCAGUUGUCGAUUGUCCGUCCCAAACGAGUCUCCGAGUCCGGGCGGCCGGCGCGUUGGCUAAAUUAAUCGAUUACGCGAAGUUAUAUUCCGCCACCAUAAAAUAAAUUACUUUAAAUUGUCCGCGAAGCGUGGCCUGGCGGCAAAAGAGAGCAAAAGUGAUCUUCCGCGUGUGAAAAGAAGCCCAGGAAAACGGGGAACUCAGAACAAAACGUAAACAAGUUUGUACAAACAAAAAGUUUGUCGUCCGCCGUCCACUCGGGCCGAAUAUCUACAUAUGCCUAGUGAGUGAUAAAUCGAGCGAGGAAGCGAGUGCAUAAUUGAGUUCAGAACUGCUCGAAUCUCCUAAUUGAAUUGAGUCGUUGGAUCGAACUUACCGAACGGGGACCCACUUCUGAAGUUUUCGAGGCUAAUUGGGCAGUGAUUAAGUGCGUUGACAACGGCGCUGAAUUGGAGGAUAUCGAUCGCCCACUUCACGAGAUUGCCUUCACGUCAACGGUUAAGAUUUUCAUCAAGCUCUGCGCUGAACCAUGUUGUACCACUUGAUCAGCGUUUUGCUGAUAAGUGCUCUCCUGUUGCUCGCAAUUCCAUCAACGAACAGUGAACCCGACAAUGGCCAGCGACCCCAUAUCGUCAUCAUCAUGGCCGACGACAUGGGCUGGAACGAUGUCGGAUUCCACGGGUCCAACCAAAUCCCGACGCCCAACAUCGACGCACUGGCUUACGACGGAAUAAUCCUUAAUCGACACUACACCGCACCGAUGUGCACUCCCUCGAGGGCAUCGCUGAUGACCGGAAAGAAUCCGAUCAACAUUGGAAUGCAACACUAUGUCAUAGUUUCCGACGAACCAUGGGGCCUUGGCCUGGACCAGAAAAUCAUGCCGGAGUACUUUAAGGAAGCCGGCUAUCGGACACAUCUGGUGGGCAAAUGGCAUCUCGGAUUCUCGGCAAAGCAGUACACACCGACAAUGAGGGGGUUCGACACGCACGUCGGAUAUCUGGGACCAUACGUAGACUACUGGGACUAUACCUUGAAAUUCUCUCCGCCGAAGAGCUUCCAGGGUUAUGAUAUGCGUAAUAAUCUGAACGUAGACUACGAUUCCAACGGAACCUACGCAACGGACCACUUCACUAAGGCGGCAUCGUCCAUCAUCGAAAGACACGACACGAAAGAUCCGUUGUUCCUUGUGGUGAACCAUCUUGCUCCACAUGCGGCGAAUGACGACGAUCCACUACAAGCUCCCGAAGAAGACAUUAGGAAGUUUGAUUACAUCUCAGAUGAGAGGAGAAGAAUCUAUGCGGCAAUGGUUUCCAAACUGGACGACAGCGUUGGACAAAUCUUCAACAGUUUAAGAUCCAAAAAUAUGCUAGACAACUCGAUCAUCCUUUUCAUGUCAGACAACGGAGCACCAACGGCAGCGCUACAUGCGAACACCGGAUCGAACUAUCCACUAAGAGGGAUCAAAAGCGUUCCGUGGGAAGCGGCAACUCGUUGCGUAGCUGCCAUCUGGAGUCCACUUCUGCAAGAGAGGCAAAGGGUUUCGAACCAGUUCAUCCACAUCUCCGAUUGGCUACCGACCCUGGCCUCGGCCGCAGGCAUAGACAUCCCGUUCUCCAAGGACCACUCGGAAAUUGACGGCCAGGACCAGUGGGAAGCCUUAUCGUACGAUACGGGCAAUCCCCGCCGCGUAGUCCUGAACAUGAUCGACGAAAUCUACGGCUACAGUAGCUACAUGGAAAACGGCUUCAAGUUCGUCAACGGCACGUACUCCAACGGAUCUUACGAUGGGUGGUACGGACAGCCUAACACCUCAGAUCAAACACUUAGCGAUGAUCAGUACAUCGACUUGGUCCUGCAAACCGAAAUAACCCGAUGGGCUGGGGAAACCAUUUCUCGGGAUACGAUCAAGUAUCUACGGAAGCACGCCCGCGUCAACUGCAAUCAUCAGCCAGAAGCUAACAAAUGCAAUCCGCUAAAGCGACCAUGCUUAUUCGAUAUCAUCAACGAUCCAUGCGAGUUGAACGACCUGUCCCACAAGUUUCCCAUGAAGUUUCGGGAACUUCGCUCAACAGUUCAAACCUAUCGUCGGCUAGCCACCAAGCCUCGCAACAAACCAGCAGAUCCAGCGGCAAACCCGGCAAACUUCGGUGGUGUUUGGACUUGGUGGAGGCCGGACCAAACUCGCGAAGAACUCAUUAAGCUCGCUGAAUCCGAGCUUGACGAUCGACAGGCCUAUCUACCAAUUCCACCACCUCACUCAAGUCUACCGGAGGACGUCCGAUUGCCAGUAAUUAUCACAAUUGUUGUUGUUGGGGUCCUCUUUGUUUCCGGGGCCCUGCUCUAUAUGUCCAAUAAAAAUCUACUGCGACUCUGCUCUAGGUCCAAGGGAACAACAACGGAUUCGACGGUACAAGCUACCGAUUUGUCCCAAUCGGAGAGCGCUAGCAGUGAUGGUAAGCUUUCGGACGUGUUCGCUCAGUCUCCGCUUCCGUCGUCAUCGCUGACGGCUAGCCCCAAGGUAUAUCAAAUCAGUAAUAGCCGACUGGAUAGGUAUUGAAAUGACUGGUGGGGGUUUGAAUUGUGAUUGCACCGUAUCGGUACUAACCUUUCAACUCUUUGGGGCGAAGUUUACAUUAGGUCGUAGAAGUUUGAAAAACUAACCAAUGGUAUGGCUACUCUGUAGAUAUUCGCUGUGAGUGACGCACGACUAACUAUUUGCGGGCAAUAUUUGUACAUAUUAUUAACGAUUGCACAAAGCUUUAGCUAGGAUUUUAAGGGAACUCUGCACAAUCGGAAUUAAAUAUCAAAAUAACGUCAUUUCAUAUUCAUCCAUCACCUUCAUUCUUUGCAGGGCCAAAGGAAUGAUUUUAGGAAUUUAAGAUCUCGCUGUGAACAUCCAAGUGUACUUAAUGAAGCAAAAACAAUUGUCAUUGA